AAGGGACAGUUCGGAGUAACAUCAACAUUAGGAAAUAUUUAAAUGGCAUGCCUUUAACCUUCGAAUUCUUUGCAUUAUAUUGCCAUCUUUAAUGUUUGAACUACUUUAUGGAUCAGUGAUCUUAUAGUAUUGGUUUUAUGUUAUCGAUGUUUUUUUCUCCUCAAAACGAUAGAAAACCUUAUUCUAAAUGAAUGGCAACCGUAAAUGUAGGCGAGGAGAUGGCAACACUCGACACAUCCCGGACCCUCACUCGCUCAGUCAGCGUCUCGGAAGACGUUGAGUAACAGGGUAUGGACACGCUUCUUCGGCGGUGGCGGCAAUUACGCUGAGGUGGCGCUCUGGUUUUGAGAAUGAAGCCAUCUGACAUUUGCACUCUGCUGCACGUGAAUCUUUGGUGGGCGCUCGCAGUUUGUAUUUCGUUUUCACGCGGGGAAGACGCCGCCGCGAAUCCACUGCGGCGUUCCUUGGCAUGCAGUCAGGAGGAAACGCAUUCGUGCAGGCAAGGAAAGGUUACCUCGACGUCUUGGUCUGGGAGAGGAUGCUUGUGCGACGACCUCUGUGGCGAGUAUGGAGACUGCUGCCACGACGCGGAAAAGGACGUCGAUCUCGGACCUGCAUCUGAGGCUGGGAGGCACCGCUGUGUCUCCCUUGUGAAGGACGAGGGCCAACACAUGCGAGCGUCCUGUCCCUCUGGCUGGGUCGACGAGAAGGUCGCGGCGCUGUGUCGGGCAGCUUCACUGGAACAAAUGUCGUUCCGAGAAGACCCGCUGCUUCACAUGCCGGUCACCAGUAGAACGAGCAACGUGACGUACGCGAACUACCAGUGCGCAGUAUGCCAUAGCGAUACGCAUGACGUGGUCUUUUGGAACGUCGACUUGAAGUGCCCCUCACUUAUAGGCCCUAGCGAGGUUGAGGUGAAUGCGUCGCCAGGUGACCUAGUGUUUCGAGAGGGCCAGUGGGGAGUAGUUGUGAAUGGCAGUGAGCAAGAAGUGCACAAAUGUAAUCUGACACUCUCCCUCGGAAACAUUUGGAAAUUCCCCGGGAGAUCGUGCAGACUUGUUGUGGACAAGUGCAUGGAAAACUGGCACGAUGAAACGACAGAAAAACUUUGUCAUUCAUACACAUCUCACGUAAACAUAAAUGGGGAAGUUUACAAGAAUAGCUUUUGUGCUACUUGCAACAAUGCGUCCAGUACCAAUGUAAAAUGUGAGCCCUGGAAUUACUCUUAUCCUGUUCAGGCCCAACUCUUCCUGUGUUAGGUCUUUUGCAAUAUUGAUAGAUUUCACGUG